CGACCGGCGAGAACUGUGCUUCCAACGAGUGAAGACUCGGCAAGAAACCAGGACAUUCAGAUAUUUCAGCAAAGUAUCAUUGAAAAAAUCAUUUGAAUGACGUCGCAUCGUGUCACUCAGCUUUCAGAUUUGGUCAAGGAUCAGUCGCUGAUAGACGAUAAGUGUGGCUCCUCCUAGCUAAAAGUCACUCCUGCAGUGCCUGCAGCUUGUUUUGACCAAGUCUGUGGUCGCCACCCAGCGUCAUUGAAUCAAUCCAGACUCAUUUUUGCCAUGUUCCUUCAGCAGUUGGCCCGGAAGUCCGCAGAGUAUGACUUGGCCUACAACACUGAAACGGAAAGGCUGGCGAACCAACUCGUGGCGGCCAAGAUGGAGGAGUUCAUGAGGAACUGCCAUCAACGCGCCGAGCAGGGGUCCAGGUCUUGCGACUUGGUUGUUGGCAUCCACAACCUUAACCAAAGGUCAGGAGGUGGAGAUCUGGUGGUGCAGAAGUUCAAGGAGCGCAUGGCCGAGCUGGGUCUUCCAAACGGAGUCGAAGGUCCAGGACGAUACUACGCGCAGAACGUGGGACCUUGUUCUCCGGCCCUUCGUUUGACAGCCAAUUGGGAGGCAGAAGAAGUGGCAGCCUGCCGCGUGGAGGAGCCGAUGCGCGGAGGCACUCGCAUCGACUGCCCCGUUUGCUACGAGCACCGUCCGGCCGUGGCGUUGAUGCCUUGUGGCCAUGUGAUUUGCCGCGACUGCCAUCGAUGCCAGCAGAUCCGUCAGUGCCCCAUGUGUCGCACGCCAACGCACUCGGCUACCCAGGGGCUGUUCAUGAACUGAGGUUCAAGACGAGAAGGGAAGAAGAUGCCUUUGCAAUUGGAGCUGUUCUUGUCAGCAUGUUGGGAUGGCAUUGGGGGAAUGGCCAUCCUUGGCAUCUGACAAAUUGCCCAAAGAGCAGAGGCCGAUUCAGAAUGAUGGGAGAUUCUCCGUCGCUGGCGGGGAAUCUUGAGAGCUGGAUGACUGGAUGACAAUUUAAUUUGGUCGCUUCUUGCACAAGACCUGCAAGGAGCUGCAUGAGUGUCCCAAUCACAUCCCUACAUCCUUCUGCUAGGUUUUCCACUUGAUGAGGAAAGACAAUGAAAGACAGAUAUCGAGGGCAUCGGUUGCGUUUUAUGUUUCUGAGUGGAUAGAUUCAGGGGGGGGUUGACUAGGUUGCCGUUGCUUUGGUGCAAGAGGAUCCCUGUUCCAAGUCAGAAUGUCUCCCUCGGAGGAACUCUGACAAAUCACUCAAAAAGGCCUGAUGCUGGAGUCCUUCUCCAGCCAUCUCACAGGCAUUCCCAACAUCAAUUCAUUGGUGCCCACAAGUGGCAUUGCAUGAACAUGCAAGGAAAGCCAUAGCAGAGAAGCAAAGUGAAAG